UCAAACAAUUCAAACUGGGAACCAUAUCGAUUUUUUACCGUUAAAUUAAUGGACCAAACCUCAAAUCUGGCCAAAGCAUUCCUUAAGAACGCUCACAAUCCAUCCCUCUCAUGGAACCUAUUCAAACAAUUCCUCUCAUCUCCUUCUUCUUCGACAUCUUCUAUACCUCAGUUCAUUCCCGCCAUUGCACGCACUCUUGUUUGCGCCAAAAUGAUCCCGGAAAUCGAUCAACUCCAUGGGCUUCUCCUCGUUCAGCCUCCUGAAACAGCCCGCCUUUCUCUUAUCUCUCUUGCUCAAGCACUUGUGAAAUGUGGUCUCCUUGACAAGGCUCUUUCUGAAUUUCAAUCCCUUCGAAGCCACUUUCCGGCUGAAUCUCCACCAGUUCGCCUCUACAACGUGCUGCUCGAAUCAUCCCUCCGUGAAAAUCGGCUCGAAUGUGUAUCUGUGUUGUACAAGGACAUGCUUGUCGCCGGGACUCGACCGGAAACAUACACUUUCAACCUUUUGAUCUCAGCUCUCUGUGAUUCUGGUCGUGUAAAAGAAGCUCAAAAGGUGUUCGAUAAAAUGCGUGACAAAGGAUGUGAACCGAAUGAGUUCAGUUUCGGGAUUCUGGUUCGUGGGUAUUGCAGAGCUGGACUUAGUCUCCGUGGAUUGGAGCUCUUGAAUGGGAUGCCAAGUUAUGGGUGUGCUCCUAAUAGAGUGAUUUACAACACUCUGAUUUCUAGUUUCUGUAGGGAGGGUAAGGUUGUCGAGGCUGAGAAAUUGGUAGAGAAGAUGAGAGAGGACGGUCUCUUUCCCGAUGUUGUUACUUUUAAUGCCAGGAUUUCAGCGCUCUGUGAUGCAGGGAAGAUCCUAGAAGCUUCUAGAAUUUUCAGAGAUAUGCAGACGGAUGACACUUUGGGUUUGCCUAGGCCUAAUCUAAUUACCUUCAAUUUAAUUCUACAAGGGUUCUACAAGGAGGGAAUGAUGGAGGAGGCUGAAGUCCUGAUUGAAUCUAUGAAAAGAAAUGAUGCCUUUAGGAAAGUGGAGAGUUACAAUAUAUGGUUGUUGGGUCUAGUGAGAAAUGGGAAGCUGUUAGAGUCACAGUUAGUGUUUAAAGAAAUGGUGGCGAAGGGUAUAACCCCAAAUAUUUACUCUUACAAUAUUAUGAUUGAUGGGAUGUGCAAGAACGGAAUGACGUUGGAUGCUAGAAUGGUUAUGGGCUUGAUGAUUAGAAAUGAGAUUUCACCAGAUACAGUAACAUAUAGUACUUUGCUCCAUGGAUAUUGCAGUAAAGGUAAGGUCUCUGAAGCCAAUAAUAUACUCCAUGAGAUGAUGAGGAAUGGAUGUUAUCCAAACACUUGUACUUGCAAUAUCUUGUUGCAGAGUUUAUGGAAAGAGGGAAGGAUCUCAGAAGCAGAGAAAUUGCUGCAGAAGAUGAAUGAGAAAGGAUACGAAUUAGAUAUCGUGACCUGUAAUAUUGUGAUUGAUGGUCUCUGCAAGAAUGGGAGAUUGGAUAAGGCAAUUGAGAUUGUUAGUGGGAUGUGGAUGCAUGGAAGUGCCGCCCUUGGUGAUCUAGGGAACUCAUUUCUUGGUCUUGUAGAUGACACCAAUAGUAGGAAGAAAUGUGUCCCUGAUUUGAUUACGUACUCAAUCAUAAUUGAUGGUUUAUGCAAGGCUGGAAGACUAGAUGAAGCUAAAAGGAAAUUCAUAGAGAUGAUGGGGAAAAACAUGGAUCCCGAUUCAGUUAUCUACAAUACUUUUAUACAUGGUUUUUGCCAGCACGGUAAGCUAUCAUCAGCAUUUCGGGUUCUUCAAGACAUGGAAAAAAAGGGUUGCAAUUUGAGUAUUCGAACAUACAAUUCACUGAUAUGGGCCCUUGGGAGUAAACAACAAAUAGAUGAAAUCUACAGACUGAUGAAUGAGAUGAGAGAACGAGGGGUUUCUCCCAAUGUCUUCACUUAUAAUAACCUAAUUAGUUCUCUUUGUGAAGGAGGGAGGACAAAGGAUGCUACUUCCCUAUUGGAUGAAAUGUUGCGGGAGGGUAUCUUCCCAAAUAUUUCUUCAUUCAGUUUGUUGAUCAAAUCUUUUUGCAAGGCCUGUGACUUUGGGGCAGCACAAGAGGUGUUUGAAAUUGCUCUAAGCAUAUGUUACCAUAAGGGAGCACUAUAUGGCUUGAUGUUUAAUGAAUUUCUUGUUGGAGGGAAAAUUUCAGAGGCCAAGGAACUAUUUGAUGCUUCAAUAGAUAAAGGUUUUGACGUGGGAGCUUUUUCAUACAAAGAUCUUAUUGAGGCACUCUGCAAGGAAGAGAAGUUAGAGGAAGCUUGCAGCAUUCUUCAUAAGAUGAUUGAUAAGGGAUAUGGGUUUGAUCCUGCAUCAUUCAUGCCAGUGAUUGAUGGAUUGGGUCAAGGUGGAAACAAACACGAAGCUGAUGUACUUGCAGAGAGGAUGAUGGAGUUGGCCACAGAAGGAAGAGUAGCAAACAAGGUUUAUAGAAAAGGAUUUAAUGAGAAGGAAUUGAACCGUUGGAAACCAAAAGAAGGCGGGAAUUCUGGAAGUGAUUGGCAUACUAUGUUACACAGAGAUGAUGGGAGUGGAAUAGCAUUGAAAGUUCUUAAAAGGGUACAAAAGGGCUGGGGUCAAGGAAGUAUAUCAAGUUUGCAAUCCCAGAAAAAUGACUUGCUUGACUACUGGGAGGAUACUGGGUAACAAUUUAGUUCUCUGGAAUAAAUACUCGAGUUUGGCGUGGAGGUUCACAGUUCUGUACUAGCCAGAAGUAAAGUUUCAAACCAUGUAUACAAUAGAACCUUCUCCCGGGGCCAUAAAAGCGAAAGACCUGCUCUGAUCAUGAAAUGCAGUUGUUAUGGAUCGGACAGGUCAUAACCAAUGGCUGCCUUUGCCCACCCCUGGUAGAUGUUUGAGUAACACAUGCAUAACUAGGUCCAAUCUGGUGGAUUUCACAGGAGGACCGUUUCGUUGCUCACUUGGCCUAACUCAUGAUUCUCCUAGAUUGUUGUUCUCGAUUACCUUCCUUUAAGAGAUGAGAUGGGACGAAGGUAUCU